AUGCUUUGGGAAGACACUGGCGAGCUCGUGGGAAAGCGACCCGAAGAACUUCGCUCCGCGAUCGCAGCGAAAUUCGCAGAGCAGGAGACCGCAGGCGGGGGCCCCGCUUCGCGUCGCCGCGUCGCUCCGAGGGGUCAACGCAAAAACGGCUCACUUCGGACUUCGAGAGGCCGAGAGAAGAAGUACGGGGCCUCCGGAAGCUCUAUGGUGCUGGCCACUUCCAUAACCUUCACCAAGGACUACGAACUUUCUGGCUUCGUGUGGGACUGCGCGGAGAAUAUCACGAAGCGGGAGCGCAUCUUUGGUCUUCGUGAUCUCGUCGAGACACUAGCACCUGUGGACAAGCGAGACUGCUUCACAGUCCUGGAUUUGGGCUGCGGUGACGGCCAAUCGCUGUUUGCUCUGCACUCGCACUUCGGCCUCAGCUGGGAGAACAUCGUGGGAGUGACGGCUGAGGAUUCACGUGGUGUUGAGGUGCUAACCGGCACUGAGCCUUUUGAUCUGCGAAGUGCUGCGGGCGCAGACUCUGAAGCUUCCUAUGUCGUCUGGAACAUCGAUGACCUCGUGAGCUGUCCAUGUCUUCGAGGCCGGACCUUCGACCUCAUCGUUUCUUGGGUCACCUGGAUCUGGCUGGCAGACCCGGUCGGCACUUUGGAGAUGAUCUACGAGAACUUCCUGCGCUCGGGUGGCGUGAUGAUGCUAGGUGGCGUGCAGCUACUGACACCGGGCCCCGACCCCAUGGAAGAUCAGAGGUGGCUCUUCGCCCUGUCAGACUUCCUCAUCGAGGAGGGCCACCAAAUCAAGUGUUUUGCAGAUGCAAGCUCUGGCGCCUACACUUGGUGGAUUCAGAGGAAAAGGCAGAGGCCGCAUGGAAUGCACAGGUCUACAGGGUUGCAAAAGCAUGCAACAGAGCACCAGGCCAUGUCGCCUGGCAUUGAGCCGGCUUGUGAGCUACUGCGAAGACACUUCAGUGCACGAGCCUUCUCACAAAGCGCUCUAUGA